AUGAUUGUUACACUUUUGUUGUGGGUAACACUUUUAAUUGUGUCUAUCGGAAUUAAACAAACAAAAAGCAAUAUUUCGAACUUUACAUAUGUAGAAACAGUGAAAUAUGAAGGAAAUACAUUACCUCAUGUGUGGAACUCGAUCGUGUAUGAUGAUGGAACUAUCGUUUUACGUAUAGUUCGUGAAGAUCCUGGUUCCAACAAACUUAUACCAAAUGCAACAAUAUCAAAUACAACAAUGUGCUUACAAAAUUUAUUAUCAUUGAGAAUUCUAUUUUCUAACGGAACAGUAAUUGAACAAAAUAUUGACUUGGAAAUUCAAUCACUAAACUAUUGCAUUUCUAAACUUGAUGUUAAUUCGGAUCUUUUUGAUCCCAUCAAACUUUAUGCGUUAAAUACUAAUUAUGUUCUAGUAACUUAUUAUAAUGCUACUAAUGUAAAUGAUAAUUCUACAUAUUCAUAUUGGGGAAUGGUCGUGGACUGGAAUGGAAAUAAAUACCGUCCAAUAAACUUUGGUCCUACAAUAUUCUCGAUGCAAAAUAUGAAUAGUGUUUGUAGAAAUAUUAAUCCAGAUAAAGGGUUUUUGCGAUUAAGUAUAUCUUCUAAUGCUAUUGACUGGAGACAAUAUAUCAUGGCCGAUAAUGGGGAUAUAAAUCAGUUAAAUGCAACUGGAACAAUUGAUAUUAGUGGUUCUUUUCGUAGUACUUUGUUCGAGGCGAUUUCAACAGUAAAUGAAGAUUAUGCUAUCAUCUUUGGUAGCACUUUUAAUUCGACAUCUAAUUCGACAUCUAAUAAUUCAUCAGAUAUUUUAUCUUCUCAUGGAACAUUACGUAUUUAUCCACUGGAAUAUAACAAAAAUAGCACCGGAACUUCUCUUUUGCUUUGGCAAACCUCUCUACAAAACUUAACCUUCUCAUAUCUUCAAUGCGUUGUUUCUAAUACCGGUGUAGGCCACAUGUGCACGAUGACAGUAACACAAUCGGUUCAAUCUGAAGAUGACUCAGAUAUUAUCAUUAAUAACGUAUUUUAUGUUAAGGUUACUUUUCUUUCUUCAGGUUCUGCUCUUGGGUUUACAACAUUGAAUCAUAAUUUACCCCAAAGUGUACCAGAAAAUGUUGAUCAAUUGAUUAUUAAACCGUUGCCAUGUGGUGGAUAUUUACUUUCUGCAUACACAUCUAAUGCGACUGGUGUAUUUUUUUAUGGUUAUAUUUUUAAUGAAACUGGUCAAGAUCCAAUUCCAUGGGAACUGUCGAUACCUGUUAAUUUAAAUAUUGCAGGAGUAACAACCAUAUUACCAAACAAUUCUAUGAUACUAGCAUUAAAUGAAACUGUUGAUACGUGGAGACUACUUACUGUGGAUUUACCAAAUUUAUUAAAUAUUUCAUAUGUAUAUUCCAACCCAGCAAUCGAUUCUACAUAUCCUUCGAUCAAUGCUAGUAUGUUAGAUGCAAGUUCAUUAUUAUAUCUUAAUGUGACCUUUCGUAAUUCUGUGGAACUUUCAGAUGGUAAAAUAUCAAUAUACCAAUCCGGUUCAACUACUAGAAUACAAAAUCUUCGUCAAUCAACACCGGCAAAUUUGUGUACUAUCAUUGAUGAUCUGACGGUGAAAGUGAAUAUUUUACCUUGCACUUUUAGUGUGCCUGGUGCCAGUUAUUAUGUCAUGUUUGAUAAUAAUUUUGUAAUGAAUUAUGCUUAUAAAGAGCCUAUAAUAGGAUUACGUGAUCCUCCAAAAGAAGAUAUUUUUGCGGCUUCCGAAACAGGUCUUUUACGUUUAACGGUGAAUGGUACAAUGUACCUUGAUUCUCUCAAUAAAAAUCUUCGAAGCCAAUUCUUUUCCAAUUUAACUGCUGAACUUUCUCGAAUGAUUCCAGUUGACCAAAGCCGAUUGUCAACAAAUGGAAUAUCUCAAGUAGAUCCUUCAAAUAAUGCCGAGAAACAAGAAUUAAUAAAUCUUGAAAUAAAAUCAACAAACGAUCCCGGACAACCAAAUGUUAAUAGAAUUAUUAAUAUUUUAGAUAAUUUAAUCAAGAAUAAAGAUUAUACUCCAAUAUCACAAGGUCAAACUACUCAAUAUUUGGAUUCCGUAUACGGAUUUCAACAAUCACCUGAUCUAUGGCAAAAGUAUAUGAUGAGAUUUAUAUUGAUUUUUGUUGCCAUCAGCAUUCCUAUAAUUCUCUUCAUUAUAGCGCGAUGUAAAAACAAAAAGGGACAUAACAUUGUUAUUAUACAUUUGGGCUUGAUUAUUUUUGAUGUAGUAAUAACUUCUCUCUUUGUUGGUAAUAAUGGUAAAGAUGUUAUAUGGCUUUAUAUUCCAAGAGAUACGGAAAGUAGAUAUAGCAAUUAUAACGGUGGAAUAAAUGUUGUUGACAAUGAUACAAGAUAUCCCACUGAUGAAACAUACGAUGAUGAUAUUAUAGAAGUUGUUG